UUUGUACACACUGCGAUGAUGGCGAUGAUGAUGCCUGCAAUCUCCAACAGCAGCAGCAGCAACAACAAUACUACCAAAAAAACCAACACAAAUUCUUCCUCUCUGUCUCUUUCUCUCUCUCUCUCUCUCUCUCUCUUCACCAUACCUCUCCUAUCUCCUCCUCUCUGUUAUUUACACUCUUAACUUAAGCAUGGUUAAUAUCUCUAUCCGUUCCAUCACAUCGAUCCCAUGCAAUUAUGUUGAAAACCCAUGAAAACUAAGACCUUGAAAGAGCCAUGGACAACAAGUGUGGGUGCUGGGCUGUCCUCAAACGCGGCGUUAGUGGUACCUGCAAGUCCUCUGCUUCCAAAGACUCUGUUAACACUAUCCCUCGCACUAGUCUUGUUUAUGAUGCAGCAACGGAGACCAGAUAUCUUAACGCUAGCAAUAGGGACCUCCUGCCCCCUAAUGAAGCCCAGUUAUCCUCUGAUACUCCCAAUCCACCACCAUCAGAUGAGAAGCCCACUCGACAGUUGCUCCAAUUUACUUUUCAGGAGCUCAAAUCUGCAACCGGGAACUUCAGACCGGAUAGCAUUCUAGGCGAAGGCGGAUUUGGAUAUGUCUUCAAAGGGUGGAUAGAGGAAAAUGGAACAGCACCAGCAAAACCUGGAUCAGGGAUUACAGUAGCAGUUAAAAGCUUAAAGCCAGAUGGUCUCCAAGGCCAUAGAGAAUGGGUGGCCGAAGUUGACUUUCUGGGACAGCUCCACCACCCUAAUCUUGUAAAGCUUAUUGGAUAUUGCAUUGAAGAUGAUCAAAGGCUGCUUGUUUAUGAGUUUAUGACUCGCGGGAGUCUUGAAAAUCAUCUUUUCAGAAGGACUAUACCUCUGCCAUGGUCCAAUAGGAUUAAGAUUGCACUUGGUGCGGCAAAAGGAUUGGCCUUUCUCCAUAAUGGUCCAGAACCAGUCAUCUAUAGAGAUUUUAAGACAUCCAACAUUUUGCUUGAUUCGGAAUACAAUGCAAAGCUAUCAGAUUUUGGUUUAGCGAAAGCCGGGCCGCAGGGAGACAAAACACAUGUUUCUACCAGGGUUGUUGGAACAUAUGGCUAUGCUGCUCCAGAGUAUGUGAUGACAGGACACUUGACAUCCAAAAGUGAUGUUUACAGCUUCGGCGUAGUUUUACUUGAGAUUUUAACAGGAAGAAGAUCGAUGGACAAGAAACGCCCUAGCGGAGAACAAAACCUUGUGGCCUGGGCUCGGCCACAUUUAGCUGACAAGCGAAAGCUUUCCCUUCUAGUGGAUCCACGCUUGGAAUUGAAUUACUCCAUUAAAGGGGUACAGAAAGUCUCACAAUUGGCUUACAACUGCCUUAGCAGGGACCCAAAAUCCCGGCCUACAAUGGAUGAAGUAGUGAGGGUUCUUACUCCAUUGCAAGAUCUUAAUGACCUGGCCAUCUUAUCUCAUCACUCUCGUUUAUCUCAACAAGGAAGGCGCAAGAAGAAACCUGAUGGAGCUCACCAGCUCACCUACAGCCAAUCUAAAAGCAUCAGAGAUUCUCCGUUGAAUACUGGCAAGCAGCAGCGUAGGUGAUGGGCGGUCAACCCCUUUCCUUGACUGACCCAACAAAGGUCCUGCCUUUGCUAAAUGGGCUGUGUGAGGACAGUUUUCUUGUGCUUGUAUAACUUUGGGGUGUAUGAGUUUUUUCUGAGACAAAGGGACAAUGGAAGAGGCUAUGAAAGAUGAAUGAUAUGAGAUCCUUUUCCUUUGAAGUACCCUUGCAUUAGAGAUCAGCUAACCCAUCAAUAUUUGGGAACCAAUAUAAUCCUCAUUCGUCA